CCCAGGCUGCCGCCGUUUGGGUUCCGCGGCGCGCGCGCCCGGAGACUGAGCCUCGUUUUUGUCCGGCCCCCCGGCAAGGAAAGACGGUUAGCGGAGGCAUGGCGGCUGCCAACCCUUGGGUCCCGGAGACCUCCCCAACCGCCGCGGGGCUGCUGUUGGCCGAAUGCUUAGCCUCGGGGCUCGUCACUCAGGAGAUACUAGAUUCAUGUAAGAACCCUGCUCCAUUUUUUGUCAACUUCUCCAGAGUCAAGCAGAUUAAAGAUAUGCAAGCUGAAAUCAGAGAGAAGACCUUAGAAAUUGACCUUUUAACACUAGAAAAGGAUACAGCAGAUGUCGUUAAACCUUUCUUUCUAGCUCAAAAGUGUGAGAUUCUGCAAAGCAUGAAUCAACACUUGGAGACUGUACUGAAGGAGAAGAGGGCCCUCCGACAUCGACUGAUGAAGCCCAUGUGCCAGGAGAACUUGCCUAUAGAAGCCAUUUACCACAGGUAUGUGGUACAAUUGCUGGAGCUGGCAGUGACUUUCAUUGAGAAACUUGAAGCCCAUAUUGAGGCCAUACGAAACAUUCCUUGUUUAGACUCUAGCGUGAAAAAUAUGGAUAGGGCUUUGACAAAAAUGAGUGUCUUGGAGGUAGAGACAGAAGAACUGAUAGAAAAUAUACUGAAGUGGAAAGAGCAACAGAAGGAAAUUUCUUCUUCGAUCACCAAAAUAUUUUGGAGAUCUCUUCAAAAAAAGCAUGAGACUGUAAUUCCCCAGCUACCUUUCUGGUCCAGAGCUCAGGGCCAGCUGAUUCUUGAUACCAAGUGACCGCCGGCUACUUUAGUUUUGUUUACUUAUAUGUGUGACUGAUACCCAUUUGUAAUCGACUAUAAUGGGAGAAUUUCUCGGCUUUCUUGCUUAAGUUGUGUUCAUGAAACCUCUUUUUCUUAGUUUUAUUUUGGGUUGACCACGACCAACGAGGAUUUCGUCUCGUUUUUUCACGUGAAUGGAAUGAGAGGUAUUAACAUGAAGAAGAGUGCAUUUCAUUCUCACUGGCAGCACCUGUACAUUUAUCUACAAGUUACUGUACUCACAACAGACCAUCUGAAAUAGUAAAAAUCUUUACAAACAAAAGGCUCCUGAAUUAGGAGAGCUCUUUGAAUCAGACGUUGCCUGUAUUGCUUUUGGAUCUGUCCCGUGGGCCUCAGCAACCUCGUAGUCCCUGAGUGAGAAGAAGAAAGGCUGAAUAGGUUGGCCGUUGGCCCUGACAGGUCUGAGGGAAGAAAGGAACUAGAAACAAGUGAGACUGAGAGAAAAGGGACAAGAAAGAGGUGCAGAUGGCGGGAAGUGGCACCAUGAAUUGUUUUAGACCACAUACAGUCCUUCUAGUGCCGUAACUGUCCUCUCAUAUUUUUGGUUCUCUUUUCUAUUAAAUAAAAAGGAAUUGCUAUGCUUCUGCA